CCAAGGAAAAAGCGGCUGAGAAACUGCCAGCCUGGGGCUUUGGUGCAUUGCUGUGCACCUGGGAGGUUAAAGUUGAAGGGUCUGGAGUUCAAGGUCACCCUGCACUACACUGCGAGGUCAAGGCCAGUGUGGGGUACUUGAGACCGUGUCUCAAAGAAAUAAACCCACGAGAGGAGUCCUCUGGCCGGCCAGCGGUGGGCGGCACAGUCGGCCGGGUACGUUGCGUCCCUGCGUCCGCGUGGCAGUAGCGCAUCCCUGGCAGCCGGCGGGAGGAUUCCGGGAACUGCCCGGCCCUGUCUGCGGGGGAUGGAAAGCAAGCCUGGUAGCUGAGAUACAUCGAGGAUUUAAGGUCUCGGGUACUGCCCCUGUCAUGAUUUGCUGUAAACUCUGGAAGCUCUUGCAUUUCAGUCAAGAAAUCUCAGACCCUCUUUCAGUUCCUUGGCCAGUGGCCUUGGUGGCACCCUACCCCUGUGGUCAGCCCAGGGCCUGUCCUGCCCAUGCAGUACCCAGCUGCCACUGCUGAGGGCCUUAGUGGCUCACUCUUUGGGGCCUACACACUCCCCACCUUCAAGUUCCAGCCUCGGCGUGAGAGCAUAGACUGGAGGCGCAUCAGUGCAGUGGACGUGGACCGUGUGGCCCGGGAGCUGGACGUGGCCACUCUGCAGGAAAACAUUGUCGCCGUGACCUGUAAUUUGAACCAAGAGUCAUGCAGCCGCUGUGGGCAGCCCGUGGACCCUGUGCUGCUCAAGGUGCUGCAGCUGGCACAGCUCAUCAUCGAAUACCUGCUGCACUGCCAGGACUGCCUGAGUGCCAGCGUGGCCCAGCUGGAGGCACGACUGCAGGCCAGCCUGGGCCAGCAGCAGCGUGGUCAGCAGGAACUGUGUCGCCAGGCCGAUGAGCUCAAGGGUGUUCGGGAGGAGAGCCGCCGGUGACGGAAGAUGAUCAGCACCCUGCAGCAGCUGCUCCUGCAAACAGGUGCCCACAACUACCACACGUGCCAUUUGUGUGACAAGACAUUCAUGAAUGCCACCUUCCUCCGGGGUCACAUCCAGCGCCGGCAUGCAGGCAUGGCAGAAGGCGGAAAACCGAAGCAGGAACAGCCCUUGGAGGAGAUGUUGGAGGACGUGCGGGCCAAGCUAAAGUGGACCCAAGGGGAGCUGGAAGCCCAGAGGGAGGCUGAGAGGCAGCGGCAGCUCCAGGAAGUGGAGAUCACUCGUCAGAGGGAAAUAGAAGCUAAGAAAAAAUUUGACGAAUGGAAAGAAAAGGAACGGAGCAAGCUUUAUGGGGAAAUAGACAAGUUAAAACAAUUAUUUUGGGAUGAAUUUAAAACCGUUGCCAACCAGAAUUCUACACUAGAAAAGCUGAAGGAACUGCAAUCCCACAGUGUGACUGAGUCCCACCUUGGAACGCUGCGGGAUGAAGAGUCAGAGGAGCGACUCAAGCAGGCACAGGAGCUCCAGGCCCUGCGAGAGAAGAUGGAGGUUCAGAAGACAGUGGAGUGGAAGAGAAAAAUGAAGGAACUGCAGGCAGAGCGGGCAGCUGAGAGGAGAGAGCUACAGGAAAAGAAUGAGAGGCUACAUGCCUCCCUGUUUCAGGAUCAGAAGAAAGCAGCUGCUCAGUCUCAGCACCAUAUCAGUGUCCUCCCUGCCGAAUUGGAGGAACAAGCCAGACUCAUCGCUUCCCGGGAGGAGAUGAUUCAGACUUUGUCUCUCAGGAAGGUGGAGGUAAAAGAAAUGCCAAAGGCUGUGGACACAAAGGACAUAGAAGAGACCUCUUCUGAGGAAGAGCCAGAGGACGCCCAUGAUGAGCAGUGGAGGGUGCUGGCAUCUCUGAGGCAAAAUAGUACCUGGCUGAAGCAGUUCCGGCCCUCUCUGGAGGACGUCCUGGAGAAGAAACUGGAACACAUGGGAAUUAAGAGGGACACAAAGGGAAUCACAGCUCAGACUCUCCAGUCUCUGGAGGCCUUACUGAGAACCCAGCGGCAGCAGACUGCCGGGAGCUUUUCUGAAUUUUCGAGUCUGAGGGAAAAGCUCAACGGGGAAGCCACCAGCAGAGUGAAGAAGAGAUGGGAAGGAGGGAGUGCAGUGUUUCGGCCACGUGGCCGGCCUCCAGUCAAAAGCCAGCAGAGCGCACUGGCCACAGGGGAGGCCCGGCCAAGGACCAGGACUCGGAGUGUGCUUUCUGAAGAUGAGAGUGACUUGGAGAUCUCUUCCCUGGAAGAUCUCUCAAAGGACCUGGACCAGAAGGAGAAGCCAAAGCCCUUGUCCCGCUCAAAACUCCCAGAAAAGUUUGAUGCCGCUUCUUGGAGUUCUGGUCGACCCAGGGUUCCUGACUGGUGA